AUGAAGCCGAAACCAUUUGCUCACAAGACGGAGAAUACGUACCGGUUCCUUACUUUUGCUGAACGUCUUGGGAAUGUGAAUAUUGAUAUCAUCCAUCGGAUUGAUAGGACUGGGAGUUAUGAUGAGGAGGUAGAAACCUACUUUUAUGAAGGAUUACAGAAAUGGAGAGAACUGAACCUCACAGAGCAUUUUGGGAAAUUUUACAAAGAAGUUGUCGGCAAAUGUCAGUCAUUCAAUCAGUUGGUAUACCAUCAGAAAGAGAUUGUCCAGAGCUUAAAGACCCACCUGCAGAUCAGGCACAGCCUGGCCUAUCAGCCCCUCUUGGACCUAGUGGUUCAGUUGGCUCGGGAUUUGCAGACUGACUUCUAUCCAAAUUUUAAAGAUUUUUUCCUGGCCAUCACGGCGAUCCUAGAGACCCAGGACACAGAGUUGUUAGAGUGGGCUUUUACCUCCCUCUCUUACCUUUACAAAUACCUAUGGAGACUUAUGGUCAAGGACAUGCCAGAUAUAUACAGUUUAUACAGCACGCUGCUGGCUCACCACAAACCACAUAUAAGGAAUUUUGCAGCAGAAAGCUUUACAUUUUUGAUGAGAAAGGUUUCUGAUCAAGACAGCCUCUUUAAUUUAAUGUUUCUUGAUCUUGGCAACCAUCCCACAAAAGUAGAAGGUGUUGGACAGUUACUUUUUGAAAUGUGCAAAGGAGUUAGAAAUAUGUUCCACUCUUGUGCAUCCAAGGCCAUCAAAGUAAUUCUAAGAAAACUUGGCCCAGUUACUGAGACCAAAACCCAGUUGCCAUGGGACCUGGUGGCAGGUGCUCUCAGGCAGAUGGUAAAGUCUUCCGCUGCUUAUGUCUACAAGGACCAUUUUGGAGUGUUCUGGGAAUGCUUGCAGGAAUCGCUGCUGGAGCUCCAGGAGAAAAUGGCCAAGUCUCGUGGCUCUGGCCGUUCAGACCAAAUGGAAAGGCUGUUGCAGAUCUACCUCAUCCUGGUGAGACAUGCCAGUGGUUCCAAGGUUGCCCAGCCUGAAGGAGUUUGUACGAUAAUACUGCAAACAUUCUCCAUUCCUGGUCUCUCCACAUCUUGCCGGAAGACCCUCCUUGAGGUGAUCUCUGCUUUAGCCCUGGGUGAAAACGUUUCCUUGCCAGAGACCCUUGUCCGAAAAACAAUUGAAAAGACUUUCGAAAGUGGAUUUGAACGACGUUUGAUUUUUGAUUUUUCCAAAGUGAUGUUUACUAUGAAACAGUUUGAACAGCUUUUCCUGCCAACCUUCUUAGAGUAUGUCGAGAACUGCUUCUUGACUGAUGAUGAUGCUGCCAAAGAUGAGGCCUUGGCCAUCCUGGCAAAGCUCAUUCUAAACAAAGCUCCACCACCCACCAUUGGUUCCAUGGCCAUUGAGAAGUACCCUCUGAUUUUCAAGGCAAGGCCCAUGGGACCCCGUACGAGACAGAAGAAAACCAGGACAACUGGAGAGUUAGAACAGCUGCCAGUGCUGGGUCAUAUUUUGUCCCUCCUCCAGUUACCAGUGAACAGAGGCACAAGUGCUUCUCUUUCUUGUCCUUGGGCAGCCCUCGUGGUGCUGCCUCAUCUUCGCCCGAUGGAGAAAGAGAACCUUGUGCCUCUGGUCACAAAAUUCAUAGACUCCUUCUUUGCAGCUGUUGAUGAAGGAAGUAUUGGUAAAGGGGACUUUUUUGUCCUGUGCCAGGCAGUAAAUGCUCUGCUAAGUUUAGAAGAGUCUUCCAAAAUUCUCCAGUUGGUUCCUGUGGAACGAGUGAAGAAAAUGUUGGAGAUGUUCCCAGUGGAGCCUUCUGUCUUGCUGCUGGCCGAUCUCUAUUAUCAGCGACUAUCUUUGUUUGGCUGUAAAGAGCCUCUCUCUGAAGAGAAUUUAAUGAGCUUAUUUGUCAAUCUGCAAGCAAAUAUCUCAACUGGUGUAUCCAAGAUUCGACUUUUGACACUAAGAAUCCUAAACCACUUUGAGGUGGAGCUUCCUGCAGCAGUGGAGGACGAUGGGCUAGGGGAACAUCAGUCUAUCUUUGCCACAUUGCUACAAGCCGAACUCGUCCCAGCAACUGUAAACGAUUAUAGGGAGAAGCUUCUGCAUUUGAGAAAGCUAAGACACGAUCUGGUUCAGGCAUCCAUCCCUAACGGACCCUUACAUGAGGUCCCACUUCGUUAUUUACUGAGCAUGCUCUAUAUUAAUUUUAGUGCUCUCUGGGAUCCUGUCAUUGAGCUCAUAGCUUCUCAUGCCAAUGAAAUGGAAAACAAAGAGUUCUGGAAAGUCUACUAUGAACAUUUAGAGAGAGCUGCUACUCGUGCUGAGAAAGAAUUACAGACUGAUUCCAGAGAUAAACAUUUUCGAGAUAAAGGUGUUGAGAAGACUGGGGCCGGAGAUGUGGGUGCCCUUUAUCAUGAACAGCUGGAGCAGAGAACUGAUUGCAGGGAGAGGCUGGACCAUACCAACUUUCGUUUUUUGCUCUGGAAGGCCCUGGCAAAAUUCCCAGAGAGAGUUGAGCCCCGGUCUCGAGAACUCUCCCCCCUUUUCCUGAGGUUUAUCAACAAUGAGUAUUAUCCAGCUGAUCAUCAGAUUGCCCCUACCCAGGAUCUCCUAAAGAAAGGUACUGCAGCCUCCGAGGAAGAAAGAGAGGAGGGGAGCCCUGUGGAGGGCGCCAAAGGGGCUGGAGAAGAGGAGGAGCUGGCCGAUGACACCGUGGUGCUUGGCUUCCAAAAGAAGAAGACCAGGAGGGCUGCAGCCAAGCAAUUAAUUGCUCACCUGCAGGUUUUCUCUAAGUUUUUAAAUCCACGAUCCUUAUAUCUGGAAUCCCAGUUAUAUGAUUUGUAUCUGCAGUUAUUAUUGCAUCCUGAACAAGAUGUGCAAAAAAUAGCCUUGGAGUGCAUCAUGACCUAUAAGCACCCCCACAUACUUCCCUACAAGGAGAAUUUGCAAAGGUUAUUGGAAGACAAGAGCUUUAAAGAAGAAAUUGUCCAUUUUAGCAUUUCAGAGGAGAAUACAAUUGUGAAAACAGCUCACAGAGCUGAUCUUUUUUCAGUUCUUCUAAGAAUUCUUUAUGGAAGAAUGAAAAACAAGACGGGGAGUAAAACUCAGGGCAAGUCAGCUUCUGGCACACGCAUGUCGAUUGUCUUGCGCUUCCUUGCGGGGUCAUCACCUGAGGAGGUCCACAUGUUCUUAGACCUGCUAUUUGAGCCUGUGAAGCACUUCAGAAAUGGCCCUUGCCACUCUGCAGUUUUGCAAGCAGUCCAAGACUUGGAUUUGUCCAGAGUCAUCCCCUUGGGCCGUCAGCAUGGCGUCUUCAAUAGCCUGGAGCUGGUGUUAAAGAAUAUUGGUCACCUGAUCAGUCCCUACUUACCUGAGAUUCUGCAGAUCCUGCUCUGCAUGACAGCAACUGUGUCUCACAUCCUUCAUCAGAGAGAGAAGGUACAGCUGAGAGUCAUCAAUCCCCUAAAAAAUCUGAGGCGCCUUGGACUCAAGCUGGUAGAUGAGUUUUUUUCUGAGCAGGAAUCAUAUGACUUCAGCACAGAAGAAAUCGAUGCUGUUUUCCAAGGUGCUGUUUGGCCUCAGAUCACCAGACUUGCAUCUGAGAGCCAGUAUUCACCAACUCUUCUACUGAAACUUAUUCAUACUUGGAGCAAAAAUCCCAGGUACUUCCCUUUGCUGGCUAAGCAGAAACCUGGAGAUCCAGAGUAUGAUAUCCUCAAAAACGUAUUUGCUGUUCUCUCAACCAAGAUCAUUUCUGAAACUACAGCUAGUGUUGUGAUGGACAUAGCUGAUAACCUCCUCAACAUACCGGAUUUCGAACCCACAGACACAGUGUCAAACCUGACUGUGACUGGAUGUGUUUAUACCGAGAUAACGGAAAAUAUAGACGAGUCCAUCAGCCUGGGUGGAAGGCUGAUGCUGCCUCAGGUGCCCACCAUCCUUCAGUAUCUCAGCAGAACCAUGGUGAAUGUUGAGAAGGUGAAAAAGAAGAAGUACCGGGCCCAGCUCAGCAAGGAACUCAGCAUCCUCUCUAGGAUCAGCAAGUUUAUGAAAGACAAAGAACAGAGUUCCCUCCUCAUCACUCUGCUGCUUCCUUUCCUGCACCGAAGCAACAUUGCUGAGGACACUGAGAAUGACAUCCUCGUGACUGUGCAAAACUUGCUAAAGAAUUGUCAGGACCCAACGAGUUUCCUGAAACCUCUUUCAAGGCUUUUUUCUGUCAUUCAGAGCAAAAUGUCUCGACAGAUGCUCUGUUCAGUUUUUCAGACACUUUGUGAUUAUGAGAGUGGAUUGGAGUACAUUGCUGAAGUAGUCAAGUUGAACGCCUUUGAGCAGAAACACCUGGAUGACAUCAACUUUACUGUUCGCUUGUCAGCUUUCCAGGAAAUCACCUCUUACAUCAAACAGAUGGAAACUGUAGAUAUCACUUAUUUAAUUCCUGUAAUGCACAAUUGUUUCUACACGUUACAGCUCAAAGACAUGGCCUUGAGUGACAGUGCCAGCCAGUGCCUGAUGAGCAUCAUCCAUCGGCUUGCGGCCCCGGACGUCACUGAGCCCCAGUACCGAGAAGUCAUUCAGCGUACUCUCUUGGAGAAUUUGAGGAGAGGCCUGAAGAGUCCAACUGAGAGUAUCCAACAGGAAUACACAACAUUACUUUCCUGUUUAAUUGAAACCUUUCCCAACCACCCAGAAUUUAAAGACUUAGUUCAACUUAGUGACUUCAGUGACCGUGAAAUGGACUUUUUUGAGAACAUGAAGCACAUUCAGAUCCACAGAAGGGCCAGAGCCUUGAAGAAAUUAGGCAAGCGUCUGAUGGAGGGCAGGAUUGUUCUGUCUUCCAAGUCUCUCCAGAAUUACAUCAUGCCCUAUGCCACGACACCAAUUUUUGAUGAGAAGAUGCUUAAGCAUGAAAACAUAACAACAGCUUCCAUGGAGCUUAUUGGAGCUAUUUGCAGGCACCUUUCCUGGGCAGGAUAUAUGUAUUACUUGAAAUAUUUCAUUCAUGUUUUGUACACCGGACAGAUUAAUCAGAAGUUGGGUGUCAGCUUAUUAGUCACAGUAUUAGAAGCUUUCCACUUUGACCAUGAAACUCUUGAGAAACAAAUGGAAAAAAUUAAGAAUGAAGAAAAUGCAAUGGAGGUUGAUGUGCCAUUGGAACAUGAAGCCAUGGAAUUGGACCAAACCAAUGAAGAGGAGAAGGAAGAGGAAGAAGAGAAGAAGAAGAAUUUGUUUGAUGCCAGUGAGGGGCUGGCUAUGGAGGCUUCUGCCAUGGAGCCUGAGGAUGUCACCCAGGCCUUUUCUGGCCUCCCUCAGAAUAAAGAAGAGCUAGAGAAUUUGAUCAAGCAGAUUCACAAAACCAUAACCAGCAGCAUUCUCCCCAAGCUACACAAAUGCCUUUCUGCCACGACUAAAAGGGAAGAAGAACACAAGCUUAUCAAAUCCAAGGUUGUCAAUGAUGAAGAGAUCGUUCGAAUUCCAUUGGCUUUUGCCAUGGUCAAACUCAUGCAGUCCCUGCCUCAAGGAGUCAUGGAAGCCAAUCUGCCAAGUAUUUUGCUGAAAGUGUGUACUCUCCUGAGGAACAGAGCCCAGGAAAUCCGUGAUGUUGCACGCAAUACCCUCACAAAAAUAAUAGAGACCUUGGGUGUGCAUUAUCUACAAUACAUUUUAAAAGAAUUACAGACAACCCUUGUUCGAGGAUAUCAGGUUCACGUGCUCACGUUUACAAUAUACAUCUUGCUGAAAGGUCUUGCCAGUAGCCUGAAAGUUGGAGAGCUGGAUCCUUGUCUGGACAUCAUGAUUGCGGUCUUUAACCACGAGCUGUUUGGCAGCGUUGCUGAGGAGAAGGAGGUAAAGGGGAUCAUCUCCAAGGUCAUGGAGGCUCGACGAAGCAAAAGCUAUGAUUCCUAUGAAAUUCUUGGCAAGUUUGUUGGGAAAGAUCAAGUUACCAAGCUCAUCCUUCCCCUAAAAGAGAUUUUACAGAGCACCACAAGUCUUAAGCUGGCCCGGAAAGUGCAUGAAGCUUUACGCCGCAUUGUAGCAGGCCUGAUUGCAAAUGAGGAAAUGACUGCUGAGGCUAUCCUGCUGCUCAGCUAUGGGCUGGUCAGUGAGAACCUCCCUCUGUUAACAGAAAAGGAAAAGAGUCAAGCUGAGCCUCCUCCUGAUCCCCGCCUGCCCCCUAAGAGCUGCCUCCUGCUGCCACCCACCCCUGGCCGAGGAGGGCAGAAAGCCGCUGUGAGCCGAAGGACCAACAUGCACAUAUUUGUUGAAUGUGGACUCCGGCUGUUACACAUGAGCCUGAAGAGGUCGAAGGUCAACUCCUCUGAUGAGCAUGUGCUGGAGAUGUUGGAUCCUUUCAUGUCAUUGCUCAUUGAUUGCCUCAAGUCCAGAGACGCCAAGGUCAUCACAGGUGCUUUACAGUCUCUCAUCUGGGUAUUGAAGUUCCCCCUGCCUUCUAUUGGGAAGAACUCGGAGAAACUCACUAAGCAGCUCUUCCUUUUGCUCAAAGACUAUGCCAGACUUGGGGCCGCUAAAGGCCAGAACUUCCACUUGGUUGUAAACUGUUUCAAGUGCGUGACCAUCCUUGUGAAGAAGGUCAAAUGCUACAAGAUCACAGAGAAACAACUCCAAGUCCUGCUAGCCUAUGCUGAGGAGGACAUUUAUGACUCAUCACGACAGGCAACAGCAUUUGGUCUUCUAAAGGCUAUCUUAUCAAGAAAAUUGAUGGUCCCAGAAAUUGAUGAUGUCAUGAAGAAAGUAUCCCAAUUUGCCAUUACUGGACAAAGUGAACCAGUCAGAGUCCAGUGUAGACAGGUUUAUCUGAAGUACAUUCUCGACUACCCAAUUGGUUCUAAACUGAAAUCCAACUUGGAGUUCAUGCUAGCUCAGCUGAACUAUGACUAUGAGGCAGGAAGAGAAUCGGCUUUGGAAAUGAUUGCUCACCUCUUCCAAACCUUCCCUCAGGGAUUGCUUCAUGAGAACUGUGGGCUGUUCUUUGUUCCCCUCUGCCUCAUGAUGAUCAAUGACAACUCUACCAAGUGCAAAAAAAUGGCCUCCAUGGCCAUCAAGUUACUACUCAGCAAGGUCAGCCUGGAGAAUAAAGACCUGAUGUAUGUGCUCGUGGUCAAGUGGUUUGGGAGUCAGAAGAGUUUGCAGAAGCGUUUGGCUGCCCAGACCUGUGGCUUGUUUGUGGAGACUGAAGGGGCAGCUUUUGAGAGGAGAUUUGGAACAGUACUUCCCAUAAUUGAGAGAGAGCUUGAGCCUUCCCAGCUCCGAGAUCUAAUUGAAGAAACUGAUGAGAAAGCAUCUGACCGACUUCUCUUUGGUUUUCUUACGCUGAUAACUAAACUAAUCAAGGAAUCUAACUUUCUUCAACUCACCAAACAUCCUGAGAGUCUGAACAAUAUCUGGAGUCAUAUCCAGUCCCAUCUCUCACACCCCCACAGCUGGGUGUGGCUUACUUCAGCCCAGAUAUUUGGAUUAUUAUUUGCUUCUUGCAAACCAGAAGAACUGAUUAAGAAAUGGGCUGCCCAGAAGUCUAAGAAGAAACAGUCAGGGCCAGUAGCCAUUAAUUUCCUGACCAAGGAAUUAGACCAAAAGAUGAAAAGACUGGCUUUAGCUUUUUGCUAUCAGUUGCAGUCAAAGUUUUUGGAUCAGUCUCUGGGAGAACAGAUUGUUAAGAAUCUAUUGUUUGUUGCCAAAGUCAUCUAUCUUCUGGCGCUCCACAAAGAGGAGAAGGAAGUUCCCUCGGAGGAGAGCGUGGAGACGCCUGGCCCGGAAACCUCCCAGAGCGCCGGGCCGGAGGAGGGUGCGGGGCAGGCCCGGGAAGCCUCUGAUGACGAAAAUGAGGCAGCCGAAGAGAAGGUGGGAGCAGAGGAAGACCAAGGCAGACCUGCCAACCUGUUCUGGCUCAUCCAUAAGUUGUCCAUCAUGGCAAAACGGGAAGCUGCAUAUUCGCCCAAAAAUCCCUUAAAGAGAACCUGCGUGUUUAAGUUCCUCGGGGCUCUGGCCAUCGACUUGGGCCCCGACAAGGUCCGGCCCUUCCUGCCCAUGAUCCUGGCGCCCUUGUUUCGGGAGCUGAACAGCACCUACUCAGAGCAAGACCCUUCACUGAAGAACCUGUCCCAGGAGAUCCUGGAGCUGCUCAAGAAGAUGGUGGGCCUGGAGGCCUUCUCCUUGGCGUUCGCCUCGGUGCAGAAGCGGGCCCGGGAGAAGAGGGCGCUGCGGAUCAAGCGGAAGGCCCUGCAGUUUGUGACUAAUCCGGACAUCGCUGCCAAGAAGAAGAUGAAGAAGCACAAGAACAAGAGCGAAGCCAAGAAGAGGAAAAUCGAGUUCCUGCGGCCGGGCUACAAGGCCAAGAGGCAGAGGAGCCACGGCCUCCGCGACCUGGCCAUGGUGGAGUGAGGCCGGCUUCGGCCAGCCACGACUGUACAGUUAGUGUGAAUAAGCAGCUUUUACCAUCAGGACGUGGACAGCGUUACGGCGGUGCAUGUGUGUGCGCGUGUGGACAUGUGUGUGCGUGUGUGUGCGUGUGUGCACGUGUACAGAGGCAGGAGUCGUCACUGACCGCCUAGUGACUAAACAGAAAAGCAGAAACAAGGCUCUGCUCUUUUGGCGGGCAGCCAGGCUAGCCUGGGCCUGUGGGCAGGGAGUCUGGGAGGCGACUGCAGGGAAUGGUGGUCAGCUCCCUCCGCAGCCCCGAAGUCUCCCUCAUCCCCCAGGGGCGUGAGAGUCCCAGAGCCGGGCCUUCUGCCUGCAGCAGCUCCCUGGUCCCAUGUCCAGCGGCUCGGCUGGCCGUGCUCUGCCCCGUGUCCGGGCACCCCACCAAGAGGAGCAGAGCAGGCUGACGGCCCGGGCGGCUCCCUCCCUCCAGCCAUCUGGCGCUUUGCUAGCUCCUGCCUGGGCCAGGCUCUGUGAUGACCCCAGAAGGGAGGGGCUGUUAUUGCCCCCAUUUUACACAUGAGGAAACCGAGGCUGGCAGGUUCUGUGACUCGCCUGGCGGCCCGUCGCUCCUAAGUGUCUGGCUCGGCACUCUGGUGCCCCCAGUCGUCCUGCCCGGAGGAGGUGUCGCCUCGCGUCGGUAGGAGCUUCUUUGGAGCUUCUUUGGCCGGGAGUUCCUCAUCCUAGUGAGAGCACCGGCGUAUUGGCCGCCUCUCUGUGUCAAAUCUCAAAAUCUGCCAGUUUUGCUUCUACCUCAGACUUCUCACUAAACCUUGAAUGGCUCUGUGUUCCAGUGGUCCAGUUUAAAGUCUGUGUCUCCACUGUCCACCGACCUCGGCGACCCCUUCCCGUGGCCAGUAGUAGUAGUUGACCGUUUUGUACAGUGUUGUUGCUUGCCUGCCGGGUGUAGUUGUCGUCUUGUAGUAACUCCUCCGACCCAACGACCGAGUCCUGUCGGCUGGCGGUGUGGACUGUCACACGCUCAUAAGUCAUCUCGUUUUUAAUCUAUAUUUGCAAAUGUUUUCACAUUAAAAUUGUAUGUUUUGUGGAACCCG